CUCGGUAUAUAAGCGGUUGGUCCACGAGGAGACAACAUUGUGAAUUCAAACAUUCAUACCAACCACAUCUUGGUCUACAGAACCGAAAACAAAACAAAAAAAUCAAAAUGUUCAAGUUUGUCGUUGUCUUUGCCACCAUUGUUGCUUUUGCCCAUGCUGGUCUGAUCGCCGCCCCCGUCUUGGCCACUCAUUCCGUAGCCACCAGCCAUCAAUCAGUUGUACAACACCAUAGCCCAGUAGUAAAGACUGUUGUUGCUCCAGUGGUCCACGCUGCACCAGUUGUACCAGUCUUGCGCGCCGCCCCCGUUGUCCACACUGUCCACGCUGCCCCAGUCGUACACACCGUUCAUGCCGCCCCAGUGGUUCACACUGUUCACGCCGCUCCUCUGCUUAAAUCCGCCGUCUUGGUUCACUUUCGAAAUUUGUAUAAAAAGCAAUCACUGACAAGAAGUAUUAUCAGUUCAAGUUUGACUAAAGUCCAAACAAGUUCUAAACUUCCACUAAAAACUUUCAACAUGUUCAAAUUGAUUGUAUUGUCCGCCAUCUUGGCUAUCGCCGCUGCCGCUCCAGGAGGCAUUGUGACUCAUACAGUCUCCAGCCAUGGUAAUGUGGUAGCCCACCCACAACCACUUGUCCACGCCGCCCCCGUGGUUCAUGCCGCGCCUGUUGUUCAUGCCGUGCAUGCUGUACCAGUGGUGCAUCACGCUCCUGUGGUCAAAACCGUGCAUCACGCCUCUGUUCUUCACGCCGCCCCAAUUGUACAUGCGCCUGUUGCACACAGCGUUCUUAUUCAUUAAAUUUAACGGUUAAUUUAUUGUGAUUUUUUGAUUUUUAAGUAAUGAAAUAAAUUAUUACUAAAUAUAUUACUAAUUUUUAUUUUA